AUGGGAUUCGUCUCGGAUUCUGAGGAAUCCGGGGCAGAAUCAUGCCUCCUCGACGUGCUAAGACGAGAGAUUGCUUGGGGGUUCACCCGAACUGUGACUACAGCUAUACAAGAGAGACGUAAUGUUGAGGGCUUUGACAUAAAGAAGGUCAAGGCGAUGGGAGCAAAGGAGUUCUGGGGUAGUGCUGACCACGUUGAAGCUGAAACUUGGCUUACGGACGUUGAGCUGGUAUUUGAGGUUUUACAGUGUCCGGAUGGAGAUAGGGUUCGGUUGGCCGCCUUUCUUCUUAAGGGGAACGCUUAUCAUUGGUGGAAAACUGAAGAGAAUCAAAAGCUAUCAAAGAUGGUAAAUUUUUACUCUAAGGACAUGCAAGAGCAGCUGAAGGCCUUAGAUCGACCGGGUAAACAUGCGCAAGGAGAUCCGAGGUUUGCUAAACUUGAAAGUGGCCUUUCAAAGUUCAAGUGA